CUUCAGUACCUCAUCGAUCGGCAAUAUGUCGGGUGCUGAUAACCAACGUCUUCCUCUCAAAGAGAAAUUCGAAUUGAUGCCCGAGACGUUGGGCUCCCAAUUUCGCAAUGAUUUCCCGCCUUACAUCGACGGACUGGUCAAAUCCUUCCCUAAUCAAUACGUCACCACUCCGGAAUUUGCCAAAAAAGCCGAAGAUGUUUACAAUCUCAAUCCCAGGCCGGACGACGUCUACAUUUCAACUUUCCCAAAGUGCGGGACUACGUGGGUGCAGGAAUUAGUGUGGAUGGUCGUCAACGACUGUGAUUUCGAGAAAGGCAAGAAGGAGCAGCUGAGCAUCCGCUCACCAUUUCUGGAGAUGAACUACAUGUUACCAAUCAAACUGGCGGAGACAUUCGAAAUGGAAGAGAUUUGCAGGAAAGCCAUCAGCUUAGUAUUGGGCGACCGCCUUCGCGAUCUGAAACAAAUCGAUCAAAUGGCCGGCCCGAGAAUUAUCAAAAGUCACUUGCCACUCUAUCUGUUGAACCCACAAGUCCUCAGCACCAGCAAGGUCGUUUACGUGGCUCGCAACCCCAAAGACGUCAUCGUCUCUUAUUAUCACUUCCAUCAGCUGCUGCAAUUCCAUCAGUACGUUAGCAACCUGGACACUUUCGCCGAGAAUUUCAUGACGGAUAGAGUUUACAGCGCUCCGUUCUUCCCUCACUUGCUGGACGCCUGGAACAAACGGCACCAUCCCAACUUGCACUUUGUCUUUUACGAGGAUCUCAAACGGAAUCUCCGAGGGGAAAUCGUCAAGAUCAGUCAGUUCCUCGGCAAGAAGCUGAGCGACGAUCAAUUGACAAAGCUGACGGAGCAUCUGCGCUUCGACAAUUUCGCCAAAAACAAAAUGGUCAACUAUGAAAAGCAAGAGGUUGCUGGAUUGGAAACAAUCGGCAAAGAGAUUGGAUUGAUGAAUAUCAGUGGCCAUUUCAUCCGCAAAGGUAAAACCGGAGACUGGAAGAAUCAUUUCUCUCCGGAAUUGAACGAACGGAUCGACGAGUGGAUGUGGAAGAAUUUGGAAGGCACCGAUCUGAGGUUCAUCACGGAGCUGGAGCAACAAGAUUAAAA